GAAGAUAAUGUCCCAAUACCUGAAAUUUCAGCCGGAGCCCUCUGUCAAAAUCAUGUGACCAAAAAUCCUGAGACUAACGAAAAAAUCUUGCCUAUACCUGAAGAAAAUUCAUCCUUAUCAGCCGAUUUGGGUGAUUAUAUAAAUAUGCUCACAGGAACUCUUGAUGAUGAGACUGCUAAUUGGGGCACACCAUAUGAGAACGAGGCUAGGGUAGAAAAAGUGGAGGUGAACGAAGUUAAAUCAGAUGAUGAGGUUACUCCAGGACCCAAAAAUGUUCCUAGUGGUUCUGAAGAGGAAGUCGAUCAUGAUUCCACACCCAAUCCAGUGGAAGAAACGAAUGAUGAUAAUGACUGGCCAGAGGCGCUAAAGCAUAGUCACAAUAACAAUAUUUGCUUAUAG